GGUGAACUUCGUGAGCGACGUACGUAGCGCGGUGUGUUAGUUGGAGGGGUGGGGAGAUAUUAGACGGAAGAGCCUGCCAUUCACCCUGUUGUGCCCGUUCACGCUCCCCCUUACCGUGAGAACUUUGCAUAGUCGCGCGCCCGCCAAAAAACAUCGUUUCAUUCAAAUUCCCUUCACCGAGUGCUUCACCAAAACGGAUACAUUGUUUUACAUUUAGUGCUGGAUAAAUUUCAACAAACGUGUUCUCUGUGUGACAAGAGCCAGACAGUGAAAUCGGUUUCUCUAUUUCAUCAACCUCUUCCUUGAAACCGGUUCCUCAUACGAUUCUACUUGUGCUUGAAGUUGUGUUUUUGUUUUUGGUGUUGCAAUGCAACUCUCGUCCACGUUUCUUUCAUGAUCUUCGCUGUCAAGUUGUUUCUUCAUGGAAAAAUCGUUUUAGGCCAGUGCUUUUAAUACGUCAGCAAGGAAUUUGUGAAUAUUGUGCAUGGUGACAAAGUUGAGUUAGUGCUAAUAGUUUGAAAGUGUGAGUUAUGGGAACUACCACAUCCACUCAUGAGCCGUUGGAGAGACGCCAAGGAACUAGCUUCAAAAGGCAUGCCAGUCUACGGAAUACUAAGGGGGAGAGGAGGGGCUCCCCUAGGAGGAUGGACAGAUUGAGACGGAGCUUGAGAGACAGCUUCAGGAGACGCAAAGACCAUGUGCCGGAGAGCUCGAAGCCUCACAUGUGGCAGGCCGACGAGGCUGCCGUACGCGCAGGCACCUGCUCUUUCCAAGUCAAGUACUUGGGCUGUGUCGAGGUGUACGAGUCAAGGGGGAUGCAAGUAUGUGAAGAGGCAUUAAAAGUAUUAAGGAAUUCAAGAAGAAGGCCUGUCAAAUCGAUCCUCCACGUUUCUGGGGAUGGAUUGAGGGUAGUAGAAGAUGAAAAUAAGGGUUUAAUAGUGGAUCAAACGAUAGAGAAAGUAUCUUUUUGUGCUCCGGAUCGAAACCACGAAAAAGGAUUUUCAUAUAUUUGUAGAGAAGGAACGACAAGAAGGUGGAUGUGUCAUGGUUUUUUAUCUACUAAGGAAUCGGGAGAACGAUUAAGUCACGCAGUGGGCUGCGCGUUCGCGGCCUGCCUGGAGAGGAAGCAGCGGCGAGACAAGGAGUGCAGCGUCACCAUGAACUUCGACACGUCCAACUCAACCUUCACGCGCUCGGGUAGCUUCCGACAACCGUCCAUCACCGAACGACUCCAUGACAAAAUACAAGACAUUGGAAAACCGAUUUCAGAAGUUCCAGUAGCGACAGUGGCACCAGUGCCGGCCCCCACCCCUCUGCACUCGGCCACGCCCAUCCCCACCCCUCCGCCGCCCAAGCCAAUCAACAACCCUCACGCCAUCGAGAGGCCUCACGCCACCGCAUCGAUGCUCGUCCGCCAAGGCUCCUUCAGAGAAUUCGAGAAAUUAAAUCAAUCUUCGCCGUUCAAAAGACAACUUUCGUUAAGGCUUGGUGAUCUUCCGUCGAAUUUGGAAAGGACGCGAUCAAUGUCCAUCUCUGAUGCACCUGCUCUCAUCCGGUUAAAAACUCCAGACAUUGCAUCAGCCAGCAAUACUCUUGCUCCCCCACAAAGAGGGCGACUACUGUCUCUGCCCAACCAACUUGGUGUGAGUCCCAUCCCAGAGACAUCUCCGCAACACGACAAGACUGAUCCGGUCAGUAUGAUGUGUCAGCAACUGUCACAGGGUCUUUCAUUGCUCUCAAACAAUGAUGAUCUGCUACUUUCAAAAACAUCCCAGCUGAAUACUGGCAACAACCUACUUCCUAAGCAACUAUUUCCAGCUUUAAACUCAGAAACAACAAGCGCAAACACGUCAAUAAGCUCAUCGGAAUCGGCGCACACGGACUCGUUCCUGUCGAAGAUCGACUCGAUGAAGUACAACAACAUCAACAACAACAAUAACAACAGCAACAACCGGUCUGGCUCGCCGGCAACUAUGGUGGCGACCUGGGCCCCCACGCCCCCCGCCACCCCGCCACAGGCCCCCGCCUCCCCCCUGCCUGCCGUCAGGGAUCUGCCGAGGCCCGAACAGUGGCUGGGAAAGGUGUCGGCAGUAACGUUGGGCGCGUCACCCACACCGCCGCGCCGCACACCCGGCUUAGCACACCUGCGCGCGCACUCGCUCGGCUCGGCAGAGUCCUACUACGCGCACCACACGCGCACCAAUGGCACCGGCACGGGACAGGAUCCGUUCGACGCCGAAUGGGCCGCGAUCGCGGCGCGCAACGGACAAACAGACGGCGAACAGCGCACGAACGGACACCAACCCCGCUCCACCAACCCAUUCCUCGCCGCCUCCAGUCCCACCGCUCAGCCCGUCAAAGCGUUCGAGGUGCACAUGUGAGCAUGCAUCAGCCCUUUCCUCCUUGUUAACUAGUGCAUAAGUCAGCUGAACCAUUUGUUGUUGAUGGCUUGUCUGUAAUGCGUUUAUGUUUGGAACCAGUCAUUGAAUUAUGCGAGACUUUUAUCUAUUGAAAUAGUCCAUCAAAUAAAUGGAGUGGAUGGAAACAUAUGGAUAAAUUCAUCCUGUAUUGUAAUCCAUAUACGCUAAUUGGAAUUUGUUUCGGAGAACAGUCACACAUCAAUUUAAUAUAGAAAAGAGAAUCUCUAUUUGAUGUAAAUUCCCAAUUGAAAAUCAUAGUCUUAUAAGUUACGUUCGACACCAAUUCGGAAGUUACAUAAAAUAAAAAUUCUCUUUCCAAAAUUUAAUUGAUGUAACUUCCGAAUUGGAAUACAUGAUACUUUCUAUCUCAUAGCUCAUACGUGCUACACCAAUUCGGAAGUUACAUCAAAAAGUAUAGUAUUGGUUAGCCCAACUUGUGGGAGACAAUCCAUGGUAGGAGUAGGUGGCUCUGGCCCUGACCAUUGUGUAUUCCCUUCCACUUGUAUUGGCUAGUGAACUAUUGGCAAAGAAUCGUGGCUAGAACUUGGGUCAGCCUCUCUAGAAUAUGUGAAAAUGAGGCAAUCUAAUCCGGAUCACAUAUCAUUUACAAUAUUGUGUGAAGGAAGUUGGAAAUAUGGUGUUUGAAAUGACAAUGCAAGUUCAUGAUUUCUGUGCAAUGUGUUUCACAACACUUUAUUUGUUUUUGAAUGAUUUAUUUAUUAUUAAUACUUGAUCUCUGUCACUCGUAUUGAAAAUCAAUAUGAAUAAUAAAUUUAUCCAACAACUUGAAGCUUAGAUAUACAUGAUGUGUAUAUGCGAGUAAUGGUAGAUAGUUGGAAAAAGUGUCUUUGAAAUAAUUGUCAUGUGUUUCAGUUCACAUUCUUAUUAUUUAUUUCAGAAAAACUUCAAAAUAAAUAAAUAUUUCUUCUUCAAAUGUUUGUUCUAAAACAUUAGUGUAGGAAAAGUUUGAAAAAAAUAUCCGAAAAAUAGAAAAUAAUUUAGAGUGAUCAAUUAUUUGAAUCAAACCAUCAUUUUUCAACAAUGACAUGUCAUUGCUAUAACUAGUAGCAAAUGUAUCUUUAUUAUAUUGAAUCAUUCUUAUCGUAAACUGAUUAUUCCACUUCCUUCAUAAUUCAAAAAAUCAUUGAUUAUAGUGAUAAAAGCAAAUUGGGGGUUACCACAAUUUUUUUAGAAUAAUACUCUAUGCCAACCCCCUUUCUCGUUUCGUAACAACAACUUCCCAACUUGGAAGCUUACCAUAAUCGUGAACAUAAAUGUGUACCAGUAUCUCUUAGUUAUGCGUGUUUAGAUCUCCUAACAAUAACUGUACACAUGUUUCAGAAUAAAACUUGUUAAUUUAAAUUUUAGAAAUCAGUGGGAAAUGAAUACUUGGCUCAAGACUUCACUAAUAAGAAGUAUUCAUACCAAAUUCAAAUUCAUUAGAAAAGAGUUCAACUGACGUGAAUAAAUGAGUAAAUAAAAUAAAAAACAGUUAUAAGGGAAUAAAUAUUAUUGUUAAGUACUUACUAACUCAGGCUACAUAAUUUUUAUCUAGUUAUUAUACAGUAUUUCAUUUCCAUUCCGUCGAAAGUUUUAUUAAGUCAGUUUUGUAAUUUAUAUUGUUGCUUGGCCUAUAGUUGUUGUUUUUACAGAACCUUGUUUAUGAAGGUUUGAACACUUGAUAGGCUACUUGAUAUUAUUUUAAUAUCAAUAUUAUUCUUGGUAUUUGUUCCAAACAUAAAUGCGUAACACAAGUCAGGUUGGAAAUAUUGAAUGUAUUGUAAAUGUGAUUUAGUGAAUGAAUAGAGCAAAUUUUUUAAUGCUGUAAUGUAUAAGAGACCAAUGUUGAUGAAGCAAAUGUGGAUAGAAAAAUAAAAAUGCUUAUGCUUGGUAUUCUCGUCCGUAUGCGUGAAUAAAAGAGCAAUUAGCAAUUGUUGAUAAAAUCUUACCACAAAGUAGCUUAAAAAGUCAGCCAUUACUAUCAUUAUACACUCAUUUUGAUGAUAGAUCAAUUUAAUAAUUAGAAUGAUGUAUCAUGAUGAGUUUAUCAUUGCAUUAGUAAAAUAACAAAUUAUAUAGCGUAAUUUAUAUUAGUAAUAUUUUUCUCAAAUUUCUAAUUCAGUCUCUAAAGUUGCUUUUCUGAUUUCAACCAUCACAAUGAUAGCGGAAGAUUUACACUCAUUAUAUUGUGAACAUCAACUUGUUGGAACAAUCAUGAUAGUUGUGAAUGAACUUCAUGGAAUGAAGUAGUUGGCCUACAACUGGCUAUUACAUUCGUCAGCUCAAGUUUGUUUCGGAGGCGAGAAAACGUAUACAGAAAUGUCACUCAAGAUCUUUCCUUAGUUUUGUACGUUAACAAAAAUGUGAUAGAUAACAACUGUUGUACUUAUUCUUGAUGACUAAUCUGUGCUCUGAAAUAUGUUAUUGAUUUGUAUGGAUAUCAAAGUAAUCGCCUCUUCUAGAUUGUCAUUGUCUUGAUGCCAUAAGAAGAAUUUAUCUGUUUUUCUUGAACUUUCAAGUGUCAGAAACUACUGCCAAUUUAAUGAUAGUAAAUUCCAGACUUACUGACCUAUAAUUCAAAGCUAGAGUAUUCAAAUUUUUCUUGAAAUAUGUGACUAGUUUUAUCCAAAAGUCUUCAAUAAUGUGUUUGAAAUAAAAUAUUAAUAAUUGAAUAAUGAACUGUUUAUCUCUUAUUCUCUGAAAUAGGUUGGUAAUCUUCGAUUGCCAAUCAACUCGUAAAAUGUUUCGCCGGAUAAUGUUGGCUUGAUAUCUAAUGUAUCAAGCUAAAAAAAUAUGUGACGAGUGCUCGUUACUUCCGUUGGAAGGAUGACCGUUUGAGGUCAGCACCGUAAAUUAUCAGUUAUCAGCUUAAAAAUAACUUUUCAGAGGUUCAUAAACUCCUUCACAUCCGUGAACCUUUUCUCAAGCACAAGGUGUGUUCAACACCCUAGCUAAAUACUCAUGAUAAUUCCAAUUUGAGAAUUAUUUUAAAAUUCUCCAUCAUCCAAUUGACUUUUGAUCUCUCAUGAAAGGUAAAGCCAUUUUCUAUUUUUCUAUCCUUUCAAACAUAAAAUGUAAUUGAGAUAAAUCUAUCAGUCCAAUUUUAUAAAAUAUUGAAUUUGGAUUUAAAUUCAUUAUUCUUUCAUAUUAUUAUUAUUUGUUCAAUAGCUCACAUAAAUCAAUCAGCUUCAUAUUAUUUACAUAUUGUUGAUAUGAGCCUCAAAUCAAGUGCUUAUAGACAUUGUCAAAUAAUUGAAACAUUUUAGUGGAGUGAGAAUAAUCUUAAUAAUCGUUCAACUAAUAAUAAUUAAUUCUGUUAAUAUUAUUAUUAGCUCAUGGCUUCAAGUAAGUAAUUUAGGCUAACUUAGGAACAACUCUUUCCGAUUGGAGAAAGCUUUCAUAUAUAUUUUUUUUUAAUUCCAAGCAUCUAAUUUUUUUGUAGAAAAAUCUUGUAGAGUAAUUAUUAUUUUAAAGAAGCUUUUAUAAAAUGUAAUAUGGCAUCAAUAUUGAAUGAAAUGUGUAGUAGGUUCCUGUAACCUAUUAUUUGUGAUAGUUUGAUUUUAUGCGACACAAUUUAUCCGUUCAAUUCGAAUUAAUAUUUUAAAUGUGAAAAAUGCAUUUAUGAAGAAAUGACAGUCUUUAAGUACUUAAUGAACAAUCUGAUAUUACUCAAGUAUUGAAUUUAUCUGUUUCCAAAGUCAUGAUAUUUUAAAACCUAGUUGCAUCUUGUUAAUGCAUAUUUUAGCGAAGUAAUUAGGCUUUAUGCGUAUUCAAAUUCAUAACAUAUAAUAAUAACUGACAAGACUACUGUAUAUUAUAACAUGAAAAGUUAUUUCAAACGAAAUGUCACAACUAAUUUGAUGGCGAGAGACAAGAUUUUGGUUGUUUUAUAUUUUUAGUAAACCUUCCAGUAACUCAAAUUCUAUUGAACGAAAGUUGGUGCUCCGUCAAUAAUUUAUUAUAUUUAAAAAAUGAAUACUCCUAAUAUCUAUGAUAUCAAACUUUCAAAAUUAUUUUCUCUGGAUUAUCUAGAUCUCGCAUCCAAUUAUUUCAAUAAUUUAUUCUACAAUAAUUUUUAGAAGGUACCUCCUAAUAAAAAACGUAUGAUUUCACUUAUAAUAAAAAAACUGCUAACCUAUUUUUCUUCAAAUUUUGAAAAAUAUUGUGAGCUAAUCAAAAUCCUGCUUACUUGUAAAUAGAAAGAACGAAGUUUUUGACUGAAACGUUGGCUUCUGCUACUACAGUACAUAUCAUUCCAUAGCGCUAAAUGAAACUAGCUUCUAUACUGUAUAUGUGCAAUUAUGUUGAUAGAACUUAUAGCAGUGAACUACUGGAGCAACGAUUUAGAACAACUUCCAAUUCAAAAUAUUGCAAUAUUAGAAGAUAUUUUUGAAAUGUUAUUGUUUAUUAUUGAAAUAAGCAUUAUCUUUAUGUGAAAGUUUAAAAUAUCUGUUACUUUCGAUUGUAAAUUGCGUGUGGCGCACUAGUAAAGACCAGUAAUGGAAGAGUUGAUAUAAGUUUUGUAAAUACAUAUUGAUCUGUGUUAUGUUUCAAAGGACUAUUUUAGAAUUAAAGUUGUGCUCUUGUAAAAAUGUGGUUUCUUUGGUUAGUUUAGCUCACAAGCAGAAAUCACUUUUAUUUUCUACAAAAUGAGUGAUGGUAGUUGAUGAUUCCCAAAAAACGUUUUUAAUUAUUCUGUACAGAUUCCUUCUAUAAAACUAUUCUGGUUUUCUAUUUUUAAUUAAACUCUUAUAAUCAUCUCAAUGAGUACGAUAACUAUCCUUAUAACUUUUAUGGUAUAUUUAUUUUUCUCAAUCUGAGAUUUGAAACAUUUUUUGUUGGUUCACCAAAUUUAUUUCAAUUUAUUUUGAUAUAGGUCUUGUUCUUGGGAUUUGUAUAUAAAUGCUCUUCCAUUGUGUGUGCUAUUCUGUUUUUUUCAUCUCAGUGGAUGGGAUUUUCUUCUUCUCUUGGUUUUGACUUGGAAUUCUGUCAUAUUUUUAAUGUACUUAACAUCUCAUACACUCGCUAUAUUAUAGAUAAGCUGUUUGUUUCAUACAAAUCUUCUUUCAACUUCAACGACUGUAUCUCUCAUUCAACAAGUUUUUCUUUUUCUAUAACUUUUCAACUCAUAUUGAUAUCAUGAAGUCACUAAUAUUCAUUUGAAAUGAUGUAAUCAUUUUGUUCCAUCACCUUGGACGUUUAUUAGUUUUUAUAAAAUUCAAAUCAAUGUAUUUUUCAAACUUAAAUUAUUGAAGGCAGAUUGACUUAGGGUGAGAACUGAUUAUUGAUUAUUAUAACUAUUGAAAUUAUUUCAAAUUUUCUAAUAUUAUUAGUUUUCACAUUUCAGUACUCUAUGUUACACUAUAAAUGAAAUUAUGAUUAUUGUAUAUAAUCCAAAUUUAAUCCGAUUAUUAGCCUACUAGUUUUGGUAUUAUAGUUUUCUAUUUUAUUUUAAGACCGCCAAUGGAUUAAAGCUGUGAGUUAUGUACUUAUACGUUUUUAGAAUAUCUCUUUUGUAAUGAAGUAAUGUUUCAGUUGGGAACGUAUGUGUGUCUAUAUGUAAAUAAAUUGAAUAUGCGAAAUAAUAAAAUGAAUAUAUUACAA